AAUCGUGAAGCUUUUGCUGUGGAGAGAUGGCGGCCGCCCACGGAUUCACUUUCAAGCUGAGCAGCCUUAAUCGCAGAGAUGAUGACGGGGUCGUGUAUUUGUGCGCCAACUGCCAGGUGCCUCUAGGAGACACAAACGACUGGAACGGCAAACUGCAGGCAGAUAGUGUGGUCCUGCUGAAGGCCGUUUCAGAGUUUGUAAAAUGUGACAAAAUGACGAGUUCCAGCGAUCCCGACCAGGCCGACAGCAAGUAUCAUCCCCUGCACUGCAGUAACUGUGACAGCCCACUUGGCAGGUUUUACUUUUCUACACCACCACAUCUGAUCACCAAGCUGAAUCUCUACAACAUUGACAGCACUGCGGUUAAAGAAUACACAUUGGGAGAGGAUCUUCAUGCCAUGAUCCCUGCCUCUGAAGCCCCACUCACCCUCGAGACAUGUCAGUAUUUUGAUGAAGAAUUUAAAAAGGGUUACAACCACCCUGUAAUCCAGCAGCGGCGGUCGUGCCUGCACACUGUAGGUAAAAAACUGUGUUGCCUCUGAUGCCCAAGACCGUGGGAGCAUACAUAGACACGCCUGUGCAGCAUCUCCUGUCCCAGCCACUUUGUAUCUACUCUGCAGCGGUGGCCGUAACCCCUGGAUACGAGCCGUGUAUAAUGUGAUGGAAAAAUGAUCAAGUCGGCAAAGGAGCAAUAUGGACAAUCACAAUACAUUAGUAAGUUUAAUGUUAUUUAUUUUGUCUGGUUAAUGAAUACUAUUCUGUUUUUCUCUUUUGUCUUAUAUUCAGCAACAUGUACUUCUAGAAAUGUUACAGAAGAAAUUGUCCAAGCUGGAAAAUAGAGUUUUGUCUCCUGAGCAGGAUUCCUGAGUACAAGAUGAGACUUGGGCACCAUAUAGAAGCCCUGGCGUUUCAGUGGCAGCACGCUGGCAUACUUCCAUGGGUAAGGCCUCAUGCACACAACCGUUUUUCAGGUCCGCAUCCGAGCCGCAGUGUUUUCUGCUUGGGUGCGGACCCAUUCGCUUCAAUGGGGCCGCAAAAGAUGCAGACGCCAC